AUGGCGACGACGACGCCGGACGCCGGAUGGGAGCUCUCCCGAUCGAACGCGCGGCGGUGUGAGAGCGAGAUCGAACGGGCGUUGAGCGCGUUGGCGAGAGUGCAAACGAGUGGGUCGAGACCUGGAGCGGCGGGUGGACGCGGGGGGGAAGGGGAGUACGCGGAGACGUUGGAGCGAUGCGACGGGCUCAUCGCGCGCCUGCGGGCGAUCAACGAGGAGAUGCGCGAGACGUUGGAGCGGGACGAUCAGCGAGCGUUAGGGAGCUCGGGAAAGGCGGUGCAGGAGGGAGGGUACAGGGAUUCGCGCAGACACACGUUGCAGCGACAUCAAGAGGUGUUGAUGGAAUACGAGGAGGAACGGAGGCGGUUGACGCGAGACGCGGAGGCGGCGCUCGAACGCGAGCGCCUGUUGGGCGGGUACGGCGUUCGGUCGAGCUCGAACGGUGGUGGAGAUGAAUCGGCGGAGGCUCGAUUGAUUCGAGAGCGCGCUCGGAUCGCGGGUGGGACGAGCGCGGUGGAGGAUAUCAUCGGCGUGGCGCAGAACACGGCGCGCGAGCUCUUCUCCCAGCGCGGAUUGUUGCAAAACGCCGGAUCAAAGCUCUUGACCAUGGCGAGUCGGUUUCCCGUGCUCGAUAAUCUCGUCAUGGCGAUCAAGAAAAAGAAGAACAAGGAUGCGAUGGUCUUAGCCGCCGUCAUCGCCGCGUGCACGACCUUUGUGUUGCUCUAUUACAUGUCAAAGUGA